UUAGCAGUGGCUCGGUGUGUCUCGGCGCAAGGCUGCAGAUCCCAGUACGAGGACCUGAUUAAGGAGUUCUGCUUAGCCAAAUUCAGUCUAGACAUGCAGGAACUGGACCAGGGUCAGUGGUGUAGCUGGGAGGACACGGCCGAACUCUACGAAGAUCUGACAAACUGCACGUACCAAGUGGCAAAUAAAAUGAGUUGCUACUGGCCCAACAGAAUGGUAGACGAGUUCUUCAUCCAGAUCCACAGGCUGUAUUUCCACGAUUGCUCAAUGACUGGACGGCGACUCAGGGACCCUCCGAACCGCAUUCUGGGUCCUUUCAUUGUUGUUCCCAUCCUGGUGACACUCCUCAUGACAGCCCUGGUGGUGUGGAGGAGUAAGCGCAGCGAGGGGAUCGUCUAGUGGAAGGAGAAAAAAAAUGGGGGCUGGGGCAAAAAGACUCAAGACACUAAGUGUCGUUGUUGAAGAAAGGUUUUCUUAAAACCUGAAACCAUAAACUCCUGCUCCGAAACUUAUGUCCCUCUUUAAAGUACAUUACAUGUUUAUUUAAGCUUCAUGGAUUGGAGAUUUUUUUUUUGGGUUCACUGAACAUUUUUUGUUGCACCUGAAUCUGAUCUGGACCAAAAUAAUGACUGGUGGUAAGAUAUUGUACAUGGAAACAAUUUUUUUUUGUCAGAAACUCCUCGACAAAGGAUGUUGGAUGCCAUUACUCUACUUCUUGCAAGAGUUUAAGAGCUUUCAACAACCAAGAAAAUACCACAAAUGGACCAAUUAUAAAAACCUCUGACAGGAAAUCUACAGAUAUUCUCAUUGUUACCUGUCUACAUACCAUAUUCCUAAACUAUAUCUAGAUCUUUGUGGUUAUUGUGUCAUGAUUAUGUCUUAUUAAAUGUAUUUUAGCUACACUACAACGGCACCGUGAAUCAUAAAGGCAGGCAUUAAAGAGAACGGUGAAACAGAUGCUCACUUCAGGUACAAGGAAGCACAUUUUGGAAAUGCAGGAAAGGAGGUCCAGUUUGUAUUCUACAAAUAUUGCCAUAAGACAAAAAUCUAACAAAUAUUGACAAAAAAGAUUAGGUGAUGGCAUUAGAAAAACAUAACUCCAGAUAAAAAGUUAGUAAGUUAGCCAAUGCACAACACUGCUUAGCAUUGCCAUUGCCCAAAGCACAGUUUGUGAAUCACGAACCUUCAGUUUCUAUUGAUGUUUGUCCACCUAGUGUAGUAGAGUGUGCCGUGUGAACUUGCCCCUUUAUUGAUAUUUUUGGAUGCUUUCUUUCCUUUUUACAUUCAUUGACCUGUAACCUGCCUGUUGGCAAACCACACUCUGAGAUACACCCACACUUUGUACCUUGUGCCAAACGCUUGUGGAAAGACGUAGGAGCCAUGUUUGCUAUGAUACAUGUGAUAUCCUCUUGGAAUGACUUUCCCUGAUUGAUUUUGAAUUCCCGAUUGUGAAGAAAAGUUCAAUAAAAUGUCAGAAUGA